ACUUGACUUUGAUCCUUGUUGUCAUCAAACUUUGUUGUUUUUCUUUAGACUCUUAGGUGCUUCUAGAAUCAAAAGAUUUUACACUUUCAUUCUUCAUGCUACUAAAAUCACAAACUCAAAUGGCUCUUAAUGCAGGAGAUCUGGUGUUGCUCUGCUUUUUUGUCUGGUCAUUGCUAGGUACAUUUAGUGAGAGUUAUGCUCAGAGCUACGUGAAUAACAGUGGACUUUGUGGAGGGCCAUUGGAGGAAGACCGUAAAAAGCAUAAAUGGGUGUUUCAAAUUUCUUUCAAAAGUGGAUUUGAAGUUGGGUUUGUGGCGUUUGCUAUUUUAUAUACAGCUUUUUUUAUUUACUAUUUUGAUCUUUGGGUUGUGCCAAUGGAGAGAGGGAAAAUCAUCAAAAGAAUAGAACCUGAUCAUGUGAGUCAAUUUCCAAAAGUAGAAUCCCGAUAUGAACGAAGCAAAGAGAUUUCAUUAUUAGAGAAGAUGGCUACAAAAAUAAGCUUUAUGAAGCUCAGAAAAGCAACCAACAAUUUUAGUGCAAACAAUGUCAUUACGUCUGGAAAAACGGGGACUGUGUACAAGGCAAUGCUUCCCUAUGGUACUUUCAUGGCGGUUAAGAGGUUACAUGCAUCACAACAUUAUGAGAAUCAAUUUAUAUCGGAGCUAAUCACAUUGGCUAGUUUGAGACACAAAAACUUGGUGCCCCUCAUGGGGUUCUGCCUAGAAAUGCAGGAAAGGCUUCUUGUAUACGGAUAUAUGUCAAAUGGAAGUCUCCAUGAUUGGCUACAUGUUGUGGAAGAUGGGGCCAAGAUGUUGGAGUGGCCUAUAAGGGUUAAAAUCAUAGUUGGUAUAGCUAGAGGCUUGACCUGGAUUCACCAUAUGUGUCAUUUCCAAGUAGUUCACCUUGACAAUAGCUCGAAAGGUAUCUUACUUCAUCAAAAUUUUGAGCCCAAGAUAUCGACAUUUGGAGAGGCAAUGUUCAUGAACCAAAAUGACAUUGAUUUGAACAAGAGCUGCUCUAUAAAUAGUGAAUUUAGGGAGGUCGAACUUGUUAAGAAGGAUGUAUAUAGCUUUGGAAUUGUGGUUCUAGAACUAAUUACAGGCAAGGAGCCGAGUCAGAUGACUAAUUUUCUUAACUUUCAGGAAUCAAAAUUUGGUCUGUGUGAUGUCAUUGAUAGAUCUUUGAUGGGGAAAGGAUAUGAUGGUGAAAUAUUUCAGUUCCUUAGGAUUGCUUGUACCUGUGUUCAGCCUUGUACCGAUCAAAGGCCAACGAUGCUUGAAGUGUGCAAGAAAUUGAGGGCUAUCAGGGAGAGAAAUUGCCUUACUGUUAAAGAUGAUUUUAAGUUAGUAAGGCAACCUGAAAUUGUUGCAUCUAUCACUGAAGACGAUGUAAUCAUUACAGUUCACACAGACUGA